GGCCGGAGACACAUCUAAGAAGCUCAACACAAACGAGGAUGAUCGAUUUCGUGUACAUUGGCGCACUGGCGCUGCUUGCCUUCUUGGGAUUUAAACUGUUCAGAUUGUUCAUUGAGGGUGGUCAAUUCCGCAAGACGACGCGCUGUGAUGGGAAAGUGAUAGUGAUUACUGGAGCGAAUACGGGUAUUGGCAAGGAAACGGCCAAAGAGUUGCUUCUGCGCGGCGGGAAAGUGUACAUCGCCUGCCGAUCGUUGGAAAAGGCAAACCAAGCCAGGCAGGAGCUUCUGGCGGAAACCGGGAUGGAUAAUAUUCACGUUCGGGAGCUGGACCUUGCAUCGCUGGAAUCGGUGAGAAAGUUUGCCACAAGUUUCCUGGCCGAGGAACCCCGGUUGGACAUUCUGAUCAACAACGCCGGAGUGAUGGCCUGUCCGAAGGCGCUGACCAAGGAUGGCUUCGAACAGCAGCUGGGUGUCAAUCAUUUGGGUCACUUCCUGCUAACGAAUCUGCUGCUGGACCGGCUGAAGGCAUCCAGCCCGAGUCGGAUCGUAAACCUGUCCAGUUUGGCCCAUAAGUGGGGAUCGAUUAACAAGCAAGAUUUGAACAGCGAACAGUCCUACAACCAGGUGACGGCGUACUGUCAGAGUAAACUGGCGAAUGUGCUGUUUACGAGGGAGUUGGGUAAACGACUGAAAGGAACGGGAGUGACCACUUAUGCGGUUCACCCAGGAACGGUUGACACUGAACUUGCCCGACAUAUGGGAACAUUUUUCUUUCUUUUUGAACACAAAUUGGUUAAGCCCUUGCUGCGGCUAGUGUUCAAGACGCCACGAUCAGGAGCCCAGACUAGUCUGUACACCGCACUGGAUGAGGAAUUGGCCAGUGAGAGUGGGAAAUACUACGCGGAUUGCCGUGCAACUGUCCCGACCAAAGCUGCUAGGGAUGACGAGACUGCCAGCUGGUUGUGGAAUAUGAGUGAAAAAAUGACCGGAUUGUCUAACAAAACUUCGUGAAAUGUUUGCAGCCAUGAUUAGGUAAUUCCUGGGGUUAAAAUUAGGACCUCAUUCCUAUUAUUCUAGGUGGGUAUUCCUAUAAUUUGCAAAUAAAUCUAGAGAAAGUUCUAAUGACACUAUAU